GAGCUGUGCUAUCCAAACUUGAGCUUUCCCCAUGGAUGAGUCAAACAUAACGUUUCAUCCCAGUGAAGGCACAGAGAACAUCUCAAUGCACAGAAACAUUUCUACACAGGAAAGAGUCUGGGAGAUAUUGACCCCACUUUGGGUAAUUAUGAUCAUCUCCUUCCUGGGUUUUUGUGAAAAUGGAAUUGUCCUCUGGUGCCUCUGCUUCCAGAUCAAAAGAAAUCCAUUCACUGCGUACAUCACACACCUGUCCAUUGCUGACAUCUCCUUACUGUUUUGUAUAUUUAUUCUGUCAAUUGAGUACAUUGCUGGCUUUGGAUUCGCGUAUGGCUUUUACUACUAUAUAACCACCACACUGUCUAUUGUCUUUCUUCUCGGAUAUAAUACUGGUCUCUAUCUCCUGACAGCCAUCAGUAUUGAGAGGUGUCUGUCUAUUGUUUACCCCAUCUGGUACCGCUGCCAUCGGUCACAGCACCAAUCAGCAAUUGUGUGCGCAAUUCUAUGGACUCUGUCUUUUCUGAUGACAAUAGCUGAAUACUUAACAUGCAAAGAUGAUUCAACAAAGGAACAAUUUGAUGAUGCCAACCAUUGCCAAGCAAUGCUCAUCUUCACAUGGAUCCUGACUUUCCUGAUCUUCAUUCCUCUAAUGAUUCUGUCCAGCCUGAUCUUGGUCAUCAGGAUUCACCGUAACUCUCUGAGACCUCAUUCAUCAAAGCUCUACAUUAUCAUUGUGGCCACCGUUGUCGUCUUCCUCAUCUUUGCCAUGCCCAUGAGGCUGCUGUAUCUUCUGAACUAUCACCAUUGGUCAUCUUUGCUCAGCCAGCAGAACCAUGUCACCAUUGUUCUCUCCACCGUCAACAGCAGCAUCAACCCUCUUGUUUACUUCUUUGUAGGAAGCAGCAAGAAGAAGAGGUUUAAGGAGAGUCUCAAAGUGGUUCUUAGCAGAGCACUUGCUGAUGGAUUGCGGCCAAGAAGCCAAGAAGUUGGCAUGAGCUUGGAUAUAGCAGAAACAAUUUUCUAAGGCUUAGAGGGGAAAAUUCAGGGGCAAAUAAUUGGACUUGUAAGAUUUAAUAAACUAUUGCAAAACGAAAGGUAUUUGUCUUCCACAGAAUGUAAAAAAAUAGUAG